AGGGCCUGGUGAACCAUUUCCAAUCAUCAGUUCACCACCGUCGAACAGUCCAGUCCACUUCUCUCCCAUCAGCAAACAUGAAGUUCAUCGUUUUGGCCACUUUGAUCGCCGCAGCUGCUGCUGCUGAGGUUUACCCCAAACCUUCCUACCCAGCCCCGGCUGCUGCUGGUUACGCCAAACCCGCCGAGGAAUACCCCCCGAUGCCGUACAGCUUCGACUGGUCGGUGAAGGAUGACGAGAGCAAGAACGACUACGGACACCAGGAGGCCAGCGACGGCAAAGUCGUCACCGGAUCUUACCGCGUCGCUCUUCCCGAUGGCCGCACCCAGAUCGUCAACUACAAAGCCGACGAGAACGGAUACGUCGCCGACGUCAAGUACGAGGGAGAAGCCAAAUACCCCGCACCCGAAUCAUACAACAAGCCGGCCGGCAAACCAUCUUAUUAAAAAAUCAGAAAAAUGUUUUUCGAGUCUCCGAUGAAAGCUAAACAAAAUUGUUGUAAUAUAUUCAAUACAUUCGCGAAUCUUUUUUUUUUAAAAGAUUCGAUUUCAAAACUUA